AUGGGCUGUGUAAUAUCGUGUGGAUUAAAGCUUGUUCUUCAAAUUCUCAACACUGUUCUCUGCGUAGCCUUCUUGGCUGUAGCAGUGUUUGGCGUUCUCUUGAAAUCAUCAAAGGGGGUAGUAGAGAAAAUAUUGGCCAAUGUUUUAAAAAAUGAGAAGCCAGAUGACGAACAAUUGCAAGAGCUUGCAAAAUUCAUCACCGAAAACGCAGAUGGAUUGGCUAUAAUCCUCAUUGUGGUCGGACUGGUGUUGGCAGCCCUCUGUCUAAUCGGAUGCAUUGCUUCGUGCUGUGGGUGGAACAUACUACUGAAGAUUUAUGCUGCCAUUCUGAUUAUUCUUCUUGUCGUACAAAUAAUCGCUGUUGCAGUUUUGUUCUCCGAUCCCAAUAGACUCAGUAGUUGGCUAGCCAAAUCUAUGCAAAAUCUUCUCAAGUCAUAUGGAACGAAUAGUGAUGAAGGAAAAAUGUCAACCGCUGUCUGGAAUUGUCUAAUGGGGAUGGGUGAACCUACUUGCUGUGGCUUUGAUGGUUACAGUGACUUCCCUGAUAAGACAAAAUUGCCUGAGACAUGUUGCGAUAAAGGGGCCAAUAAAUGUGAUAAAGCUGAAGCUGAGAAGGCUGGUAAAAAAGGAUGCAAAGCAAAGCUCGCCACCUUUACCAAGAAUAACUUGAAGGCGAUGAUGUACAUCUCCAUCGCCGCAAUCCUGUUACAGCGGGGCACUCAAAAGGCAUUUAUUGACAUCCACGUCUGCCUUUUAGGCGGCACUCAUCGUGAUUGUGAUGCUCGCGAUUUGCCUGUGGCCUUCGUGGCUGUAGCGGUGUUUGGAAUUCUAUUAAAAUGCUCAAAGACUAUCGUCCAACAACUGCUGACGAAGAUAUUUGACAAUUUUAAUGUCGGGGAUGAGGACAUACGCCAACUGGCAAGAUUUAUCACUGAAAAUGCCGAUGGCAUCGCUAUAGUCCUCAUUGUGGUCGGCUUUGCGCUAGCAGCUCUCUGUCUGAUCGGAUGCAUUGCUUCUUGUUGUGGGUGCAAUAUACUACUGAAGAUAUACGCCGCCAUUUUGAUUGUUCUACUGGUCGCGCAAAUAAUUGUUGUUGCUGUCGCUUUCUCCGACCCAGCCCGACUGACUGCUGUGCUUAUCAAUUCGCUAGAAAAACUUCUCCAGAAGUACAAUGAGACUGAUGAUGAGGGAAAAAUGGCAACCACUGUUUGGAAUGUUAUAAUGACGGUGAAUUCCAUUUGUUGCGGCAUGGAUGGCUAUGGGGAUUUUAACAAACCUGGUAUGAAUUUACCACAACAAUGCUGUACUACGGCAAUUACUUCCUGCACUGCUCAGGCAGCUCAAACUGCCGGUGUGGUGGGAUGCAGGGAAAAAAUCGUCACAUUCACCUCCGACAACAUGAAGAUUUUAUUGUACAUCUCUAUUAGCGCGAUUUUGUUACAGGUGGGUGCCUUAACCAUACAGAGUCCUGUUAUUGAACAGGGAAAUGGAUGA